AUGUCAGUGCCCAUCCCAGACCACCAUGUCCCGGCCGACUCGCUCUCGUUCCAACCACAGGUGAUACCCUCAAGCGUUCGGGGCAUUGUUACGCCCGGCAGCACCAUCGCGAACGCGAAACCCUUGGAUCUGAAAACCCUUCGUUCCUUGAUUGAACGCUAUGCUCCCAUCCUCAAACUCCACCCGGACGAACAAUUCCUGCCGACAUCGGUCGAAGACUUCCUCACACACUGCACCUUGAUCGACAAGAAAUCGCCCACCAAGGUCCCCUCUCCCAACAUAUCGCAGCUUCCCACGAAGGGCGAAGACCACCAAUUCUACCUCGAGCUCUCUCCAGGCGGUAAACCAGGCCAUCUCGACCUCGCAAAGGCCUACGUCCACGCCCUGUGGCAGCAAGGCAGCCCCUACACCGACCUCCAGUUCUGGUUCUUCUAUGCCUACAAUGGACCCGGGUCUCUACACGUCAGCGGUCUCGUUCUUGACACACCCACAUCAUCUGGAGACAUUGACCUUGCUCCCAUGGGCGAACAUGUUGGUGACUGGGAGAUGGCGAUGCUUCGCGUCGACAACGCUUCACAUAACCUGAACUCGAUAUGGCUUUCACAACACAGUCGAGGCCAGUUCUUCACCCACGACGCUAUUCCGGGCACCUUCACCUUCGAAGGCACUCGACCCAUUAUCUACGCCAGCCGCAACGGACACGCAAACUACGCCGCAAUUGGACCCAACAAGUCCGAGUACCGCAAGAUAGGUGGUGUUCCAGUUGGAUUGGACUUUUUCAUCCGCAACGACACGGCCGGUACAGGGAAAACUCUAGACUGUGCAAAACACUAUGAGCUCGUGUCUGCAGAUUGGGCGGGCGUCGUUGCACCGGCAUGGGCUUCCUGGCCAUUCCGUUGGGGGCCGGAAGGGACUUCAACACACUUGACAAGUGUGGCUGUCUCCGAGAUUGUGAGAAAAUCACUAGGUGACGAAUUGGCCAAGUUUUGUCCGAUCAGUGUCUUGACAGUGUUGGCAAGCGAGAUCCUUCCUCAUUUCGUCAAGGGAGACAUCAACGGUCCGACGUCACCUGGGAAACACGGGAGUUGGAAUGGUACUUAUCCUGUAUAUUGA